GGGUAUAGGAGGAGUGCACAAGGCCCACAUUGCGCAAGGGUAUAUAUAUCAGUGCUCGCGCAAUUAGCCGAUCCUCGCCCCCGGUAAAGGGUUCGCUCUGGUGCGGACACGUCGGUGCGUCGGUCAGAAAAAAAAAAGAGAGAAACAUGAAGGCUCUGCUCUCUCUCUUCACCACGUACCUGGCAAUCGCUGUUUCCAAGGCUAACUAUGGAUACGGAAACAUUUACAAUGGCAUUGGCAGCUUCAGCUUGGGCAGCCCAGGCUUGAAUGGUGGCCUCAGCGGCUACGGAAACAUCGGUUUCUAUGGUGGCUCGGCCAAUCCAGGCAUGUAUGGUGACUUCAGCGGCUACGGAAACAACGGUUGGUAUGGUGGCUCCGGCAUGCCAGGCUGGUACGGUGGUUCCGGCAACCCAGGCUGGUACGGUGGUUCCGGCAACCCAGGCUGGUACGGCGGGUCCGGUGGCCUAGGUAACUACGGCAUGUAUGGUGGAUCCGGAUAUCCAGGCCUUUACGGCGGAUCCGGUGGCCUAGGCAACUACGGCAUGUAUGGUGGAUCCGGUGGUCUAGGCAACUACGGCAUGUUUGGCGGGUCCGGCUAUCCAGGCUUGUACGGCGGAUCCGGUGGCCUAGGCAACUAUGGUAUGUACGGUGGAUCCGGUGGCCUAGGCAACUACGGCAUGUAUGGCGGGUCCGGCUAUCCAGGCUUGUACGGCGGAUCCGGUGGCCUAGGCAACUUCGGCAUGUACGGUGGAUCCGGUGGCCUAGGCAACUACGGCAUGUAUGGUGGAUCCGGUGGUCUAGGCAACUACGGCAUGUAUGGUGGAUCCGGUGGUCUAGGCAACUACGGCAUGUAUGGCGGGUCCGGCUAUCCAGGCUUGUACGGUGGAGGAGGAUACCCUGGUGCCCCUCUGCAAGGAUUGUGAAACGUGUGUGCGCCGCUCCCAGUACGUGCAUGACUGCUUCGCUGGCGGUUGUGAUGCAGUUACAAGAGAGUGCACGAAGCUGCAGCCGCUGUUUAUUAAAAUGUAAGUAAGUUAC